AGAACAUUGCUCGACUGGACUGAGCGGUUGGGAAAUAACGAAGACAAGAUUGAUGGUCAAUCGAUGAGUAGAUUACAGCCGCCACCCUCGUGAAUCUCGGCCUUCGUGCGUUCCCAGGAUCUGCGGCCGGCGUAAUGCUAAUAAUCUGCGAUGUCCAGGGUCUCGACUCAUGAUACUACCUAUCUGGCAAGGGAUGAUACCUCAGUAGCAAGUGAAUGGUGGCUGAGCACAGUACUGUAAAUGGAUGGAUCUAGAGGUGACGUCUGGGGCUCAGAGAAGCAACACAUUCUUCAAUUGGCUCCGUCAUGAUGCGUUCUCUACCUACCGUCGACUCUACGCUAUUGUGCUUCUGGCCAAUUUUACUCUCUUCUUGCUCGCCCUUCAGCACACAUCUUCCGGUUUUAAGGGUUUCACUUCGGCCGCCGCGGCCAUUGCUGUUGCCUCAAACAUUUGUCUAGCCACUCUCAUGCGUCACGAGCACUGCGUGAAUCUUCUCUUUCGAAUUUUCACGUCUCAAGUCUUCCGCAAUGCACCACUCGCCAUUCGCAGGCGGGCUGCCAAGGUGUACAGCUACGGUGGCGUUCACUCAGGAUGCGGAGUCAGCGCAUUUCUCUGGUACAUCGUCUUCACUGUCUUUCUAGUACGUGAGACGAGAAGCGAUCUCGUACAGGCUGGCGACAAGAGCAUGGCAGCGGCGCUUGGCAUCGAAACUCAUGCAUUGCUUGCCACCAGCACCAUCAUGCUCGUUCUGUUCCUCACAAUCAUCGUCAUGUCGCUUCCUUUCAUACGUUCUCGCUACCAUAAUCAAUGGGAAUGGUCCCAUCGCUUCGCCGGCUGGACCGCAGUAGCUAUCAUCUGGGCUCAGACCAUUCUCUUAAUGAUCCGGGCCGCUCGGGCGACAGAGCAGCCUCUCGGGCCUGUUUUGGCGUCCAAUCCAGCAUUCUGGCUACUCUUCGUCGUCACCUUGCUUUUCAUCUAUCCAUGGCUACGGGUACGACGUCGUCGAGUCCGAGCUGAGAAAUUGUCAAGUCACGCAGUUCGACUUUGGUUCGAUUCGGAGAAGCCUUUACCCACGUGCGUUGGAACACGGCUAGCGACCAAUCCUCUGAGCGAAAAUCACGGCUUUGCUACGAUUCCUAACCCAAACGACCAACCAGGUUUCUCUGUCCUGGUCAGCCAUGCUGGUGACUGGACCCGUAACACCAUCACCAAUCCUCCAAAAUAUAUCUGGACGCGAGGAGCAUUCACCGCAGGAGUACUACGUGUCGCAUUGCUCUUUCGGCCCGUGGUCAUUGUCGCCACGGGCUCCGGCAUCGGCCCAUGCCUUUCGUUCCUACAAGUUCAUCCGAAUUGGCCUGGACGAGUGCUCUGGUCAGCGCGAGAUCCCACUCUGACGUAUGGUCCUGAUGUCCUGGGCUCCGUCUUCCGUGCGGACCCUCGCGCCGUUGUCAUCAAUCCUCGCCGGAUGGCAGCCUCGACGGGAUAUCGAGCAGAUCUUUCGGCGUUGGCAUUCGCGCUGUAUCAAGAAAUCAAUGCGGAGGCCGUAGUCAUCAUCAGCAAUCCUCGAGCAACGAAGGAACUGGUCGGGAGAUUAUCACGGAGAGGAGUUCCUGCUUAUGGAGCAAUCUUCGAUUCUUGAACGCGGGAAAUGGGCGCUGGGCGCUGUUCCCUUCAUCGUUGGUGACGAGCACUUCCUCUCGCUUGGUCACUCGCUUGUGCAGUGUGGGAAUGCUGGCACUUUUUCUUCCUUUCUCGAUAAGAUAAUGACGUUGGCGAUGAUAUCAAUGUAUUAAUAUGCGCGGCUUCACCGUUCGGUUUGGCCAUUGCGUUUACU